AUGCCGGUAACUUCGGGCACCACUCAUCACGUGUCUCAGGACUUCGACUUAAGUCAGUACGGAGAAGACCUUACAGAAAAGGCCAGAAAUGGGAGGUUGCAGCCUGUUAUUGGCAGGCAGGACGAAAUUGACAGAAUCGCUCAGAUUUUGAGCCGCAUGAUGACAAAGGCCCCCCUCCUCAUCGGGGAGCCUGGCGUUGGAAAAACAGUCAUUAUUGAGGGCCUUGCUCAGCGCAUUAUUGAAGGAGCAGUGCCUAGGGCAUUGCGUGGACGCCGCAUCUUUUCUUUGGAUUUGCUCAAUUUGUCCGCCGGCACGUCCAUGCGUGGAGAGUUUGAAAAGAGGAUGAAGGAGAUUAUCAGUUACUUGCAGGAACAUAAGAAGAGUGUCAUUCUAUUUGUCGACGAGAUCCACUCUCUCGUCGGCGCAGGCAAGGCCGCUGGCUCCUCGGAUGCCACACAAAUCCUCAAGGUGCCACUCGCCAGAGGAGACAUUGUGCUGGUGGGUGCCACUACGCUUGAGGAGUACAAACUGCACAUCGAGAAGGAUGCCGCAUUUUGCCGGCGAUUUCAAAAUAUCGUCGUGGAAGCCCCAUCAAAGGAGAGCGCCAUGUGUAAGCCACCAGCUGUGGCUGCUUUCGAUGCAGGACUGUGUACUUCUAUUUUUUUGAUACCCUUAUUUCUGCCUGAUGGGUCUAUUGGUCUACGUGUGCGUAUGUUUGCACCAGCAAUCCUGCUGGGGUUGAGGCAUCACUACGAGCAGUUUCACAAUGUAGAUAUCUCCGAGGAGGUGAUCGACCAAAUCGUGAACCUGAGUGACCGAUACGUAAAGCAGCGCUCAUUCCCCGACAAGGCAAUAGACCUUUUAGAUGAAUCCUGCUCGUGGAAGAAGGUGUCUUACAACAAGCAGCUCGUCCUGCUUAGGAAGAAAAUUUCAUCAGCGGAAAUGCAGGGCUCCGAGACCACGGAAGAGGACCUGAAGGCCAUGAGAGAGGAACUUGCAGCGCUAGAGGCCCUCACUGCAAAAGUGGUGGGCCAGUACCAGGCGGUGAAGGCGGUGUCUGACGCCCUGGCGAUCCAACGCGCCGGCCUCAGUCCAAGAAACAAACCGUUGGGAUCCUUCUUGUUCCUUGGCUCUUCUGGUGUUGGUAAGACAGAGUUGGCGAAGGCAGUCGCCCAAGAAAUGUUCCACUCAGAAAAGAAUUUGAUUCGUUUGGACAUGGUGGAGUAUCAAGAAGCCCACAGCAUCUCCCGUCUUAUUGGACCUCCCCCGGGGUAUAUGGGUAACGAUGAGGGUGGCCAGCUCACGGAAGCAGUCAGGCAGAAGCCCCACAGCGUCAUCGUCUUCGACGAAGCAGAAAAUGCACACAAAAAUCUCUGGUCGCUCCUCCUGCCCAUGCUGGACGAGGGUCACUUGUCAGACUCUAAGGGCAACCGCGUGGAUUUCACCAGUUGCCUGAUCAUUCUUACCUCCAACAUUGGGCAGCAAUUUAUUCUCGAUGGCUAUAAGGAGGCCCGCGCAAUCGCCGUGGGCAAUAAGGCUAUUGGCCCAUCUACAAGCGACGAAGGCGGGAAGGGUGGCGCUGGCGCUUCCGGAAGUUUCAAAAUUCCCGGAAAGUUGCCGUCUGACGUGCUAAAGAGAAUGAGGCAAAACGUGCUCAAGGAGGUCUUUGGAUAUUUCAAGCCCCAAGUUAUUGGUAGAAUGAGUGAAGUCAUUAUUUUUGAGCCACUGAACGAGCAAGCGAUGAAGGGUGUGCUUGGCCUAAAACUGGCUGCCCUCGUACAGAGCAUGGCCAGCAAGGGAGUCGACUUCAGGGUCACGAAUUCGGCGAUACAGUUCAUCUUGGAAAGGGCGUGGUCCUACAAGUAUGGUGGCCGGCGAAUGGGCAAAUACCUCGAGAAGUACAUCAAGUUCAAGCUAGCGCCAUUGUUGAUCUCUGGGAAGUUGAAAUCAGGAGACAGGGCUAUCCUCGCGCGUUCCAAAGUCAACACCAACCAGCUUAUUCUUAUCGUCUGCGAGCUGGACGAUACGGGUACGUGCUUGACUGGAACAAAAUACGGAACGAAGCUAGUAACCCAGGAGGCCAAAGCACAAGAUGCGGAUGAUGGGGAAGAAUCCAUUGAAUGA